UCUUCACUGUGGAUAUCCAGCCGAGUCCUGCAGCGAUGAACAGCGGGGUCUGUGUGUGUGUACUGCUGGCCGCCCUCUCUGGCAGCUGCCUGGGACACCCUCCCGCACACUCGCAGGGCGGGGUCCUUCCCGCCUCACCGCAGGUGGACUCCCCGCUGCUAGGGCUCGCCCAGCAUGACCGGCACGCCCGCUCCACGCCCCUGCGAGACACGCUGAAGGCCAUGCAGCAGGGCCGGGGGCCUGCCGAGGAGGAGGAGGAGGAGGAGAACCUGAGGGCCACCCUGAGUGAGCUCCUGGCCCGGUUGCUGUCCAGGAAAGGACUGUCCCGCAGGAACUCCACAAUGAACAGCAGAUCCAGCGGGCUGAGUGGCAGCCAUAGGAUACAAGACAGAGAUUACCUGGGCUGGAUGGACUUCGGCCGCCGCAGCGCUGAGGAGUACGAGUACACCUCAUAAGGCACCCCUGGCCAUGUCCUGUACAGAAAAAUAGAAACAAAUUACAUUUCAUUGUCUUUGCACUUUGUGUUCCCAAAAUAUAUUUAUUAUCUAUUCAGUGUAAAAUUUAUUUGUAAAACUAAUAUUGCAAUAUACAAACAACCGAUUUUGCUGAAACAAAGAUGAUACAUUUUCUUUAGGUUUUUGUUCCAUAUUGUUGAUUGUAUACAGUCAAUUUAGACUCAGUGUGCAGUCACUGCAGCGGUGUUAAAUUUUUGGGAAUAAAUCAAGCUAGCAUAUCACUUUACCAUAACAUACUGUGGGAUUUACAGGCACAACGUGUUUUUAGGAAGGCAUUUGUCAGUGUCCAGAACUGUUCGAUAGUCCAUGGCGCCUACAGAAGAAUUUGAAGCAGUCCACUGUGGGAAGAAAGCUAACCACACUUGCCACAUUUAGCUUGCAGAAUGCCAGUAAGUCUUGAAAAUGCUAAGAACUAAUGGACUCCUUCCUACUGUGCAGUUUAACAGCCUGGCAACGCAGAAAUCACAUUUUAAAUGGCUCGUUUCACGUACAUCACUCUUGGGCAGGCCCUCCCCAGUAAUAUCUCUCACAGUUUGUGCGAAAGACCCCAAAUCUCAUUAUUUAAACAUGACCUGGGAGGAACAUUAGCGCUUCGAAAGGGAUGCUCGGUGGAGUUUGCAAAAGCACAAGACAAAUGACAGAGAGUGAAAUGGAUGUUUAGGACGAAUGUAAUGGGUCUCGAAUAGCUGCUCGGCCCCACAAAUCACGGUCAACAAUCGGGCUGCGCAGGUGAUCCCCACAGAGCAGACUUCAUCCUGCACGCCAGGUGUUUGCCUUUGACAGGCAGCUGAGAAAAUGCUGAUGGUCAGACAAUAAAAAAUAUGCAGGUCGGUUAAAAAAUUGGGCAAGAUGAACAGGGCCAGCAUCUUGGGCGAUUACAUGUGCCUCUCCAAUUCGAAUGGUGCUUAUGCAUCAAAAUCAAAGCAGCGAUAAAAAGCCUAGUAAGAGAAACUGGUGCAGACCUCAGCGCUUAUCUGCAGCAAAGUUCAACUGAACGAUUGUUGCCUGAAAGGGCAACGUAAUUGGGUUCCUCUGUUGGAUUCGUACAUGCACUGUUCAUUAUGUAUCCCUAUGUAAGCAAAGCGCAAAUAACCCAUUAAAUCUGGACAAUGUGACACAGGAAGGUCUUUUGUCAGCAAACGGGCCAAGUAUGAAGAGAUAUAAUUCAAUACAUGAGCAAUAGCCUGAGAUCUUUAAAGGAUGUUGCAGUUUAAUAAUGAAAAGGCUCAGUGGAAAAAAAAUUGUUUACAAGGACAAAUACACAUGUGGAUGCUCGAGAUGUACAAGGCGCUACUGGACUAUGGCGUCAUACUUUAUGUGGUGUUUUCGUACAUUUUGUGUGAAUGUAGUUUCAAAACUUGAACGUAACCAGCUUCAGGAUGGAGCCUUUUUAGAUAGGAUAGAGCUAUUGAUUUCUUUUGUAAUUCUGGGCAAUGUGUAGGCAGCAGGUCAAAGGUCGUACGUCAUAUGUAAUAUAAUAUUACUAUGUGGUUUCACAUCUAAUAAAGUAUUUGGCAAAGAACAGCUCGGCGAGAAAUCAAACCUAUGAGAGCCACUACAUGCUUUUUAUAUCAUUUGUGA